AGGAGAGUGAUAGCAGAAAAUCAUUCAGCUCCUGAUCAUCACUGAAGACGACUCAACAACUUACCGACUCUCUCUGGAAUCCUGAAAUCUGCAGGAAACCUCUCCUGCGUGCUGACGGUUUCAAAUAAGGAACAGGAGACUUCUUUCUUCUUCUAUUUGUUUUUCUUAAGGAAAGAGAUGUGGAAAUAUCCUUAGAGGGAAAGAUGAAGGUUUUAAGAACCUGACGAUUUUUGUUGGAGCUGAAGGAAUACCGAACCAGAUCUGCGUUGGUUUGUGGAGGAUUUGAAGAGUGACUGACAUUCUCAACUGAGGGCUUAUGAAAGCAGGAGGAGGAAAAAUUAGAAUACUUAAGAUCUCUGGCUUUUGGAAAACAGGGAUGUUUUUUCCUGUUGGGACUUUUUUAUCGACCAACUGAAUGUCUGUGAAGGGGCAACAGAGAGGAGAAAGUUAGCGAAGUGUCUUGAGGUUAUACACACAUGUCAAAUAUCAUCAUGUUCAUCAUCAAUCUUUGUCGGCUGCCGACGCACUCUCACAGGUGCAGGGAUGAGUUGGGACAAAACAGCAAGGACACUAGAGGAUUUCCACACACAUUCAUGACCACGCACACACGCAGCAAUUACAUCUGUGCAGGUAUGUAGUGGAGGGGAAGCCCACCAUGACAAAGAAGACCUCUUAAGAUCGGCUUCAAACUGAAAUAAGUUACGUGUUUCUCUGCGUGUGUAAUUUAAGAGUGAAAAUGAAAAGAUUAGUGAUUUUUUUCCAACCAUUCUUGGAUGUUUGCAUCAUGACAAUCAAAGACUAAAGGUCAAGCUUUGUCUGUUUGAAAAGAGACAGAGACUUGGAGGACAUGAAAUUCAGAUUUGUAAGAUCUGGGGAUUGAGAUGGGCCUAAUGUUUUUAUCAUGAGUGCAGCUUUGACAAGCCCAGACUUCAAGGAUGAGAAACCUGCAACUGUGUCCCCCAUCGCUCCAGCUUCAAAUGGAUUCUAUAAUCGGAAGAUGAGAAGAGGUUUUUCUUUUUUUUUAAAUGACUGAAAACAUGUGAGUCAAAGUCACUCCAACAUUUGGUUUGGAAUAUUUCGAGCAGAGCCCAACUGGAACUAUUCUUCCUGUUUGUUUUUCCAGUGCUGUGGGACGGGCUGCACACAGUCACGGUAUUAACCAAACAAUUUAAUUUCUAUCCAUUGAAAAUUGUCCUUUGAGCUUGAACAGCUGCGCUUUUUGUUAUGCUGAAUUAAGCAGCUAUUUUUGUUUGCCGCUGCGGACAAGAUCGUCAUCUGUUGAUCCUUUGACAGACGAUUUGAGAUGAUGAAGUAAAUACGUGACAGCACAUAUUGAAAUAUAAUUCAUUACUCGAGUGCUAUAUGGUGUUAUAUUGAUGGCAUUCACCUGGGGAGAGGAUUUGGAGAGUGAGUAAAUGAUGACAAGACUUCCCUCUUUCUGUCUCCACUCUGACCCAUUUUCCAGGCAGCAGUCCUGAGGCGUUUCUGUCUCUGGCUGUGACGCCCUCACCGAGCCGACACCAUGAACCUGCGUGGUGGCAACGUGUCAGAGUUGAUCUCCAACACCGUCAGAGUCGUAACCACUCUGGAGUCCAAUACCUGGUCUCCACGUAGAUUUGAGGAAAUCACCCUGCGAAUCAAUAACGUGACAAACCCGGGGUGUCACGGGAAUGGCGCGCCCCGUAAUGGCAUUGACGUACAGUUAGGGAACUUGUCUUACCGUAACGUCGGAGGAGUUUAUGGCGAGGAGGGCGGGAGGAUUUACGGGUCUCAUUGUCCUCAACAAGAGAUGGCGGUAGAGAAGAACUGGGCAGCGCUUUUGAUUUUACUCGUCAUCGCCGUCACAGUCAUGGGCAACAUCCUGGUGAUCCUGGCUGUGUCCCUGGAGAAGAAGCUGCAGAAUGCCACCAACUAUUUCUUGAUGUCUCUGGCGGUCGCCGACAUGCUCCUCGGCAUUCUGGUCAUGCCGGUCUCCAUGGUGACCAUUCUCUACGAUUAUGGGUGGCCGCUGCCCUCUGACCUUUGUCCCAUCUGGAUCUACCUGGACGUCCUGUUCUCCACGGCGUCAAUUAUGCACCUCUGCGCCAUCUCUCUGGAUCGAUACAUCGGCAUACGCAACCCGAUCCACCACAGCCGCUUCAACUCCCACACCAAGGCCCGCAUCAAGAUCAUGGCAGUGUGGACGAUUUCAGUGGGGAUCUCCAUGCCGAUUCCUGUUCUUGGACUCAGAGACCACUCUAAGGUCUUCAAAGAUGGCAGCUGCCUGCUGACAGAUAACAACUUUGUGCUGGUCGGCUCCUUCGUGGCCUUCUUCGUGCCCCUCACCAUCAUGGUCGUCACCUACUUCCUGACCAUCAAAGCGCUGCAGAACGAAGCCACCCUCUGCUUGGACCAGCUGGUCCCGCGGCCUAAAUGGAGCACGACAUUCACCUUGAGCUUCUUGCCGCAAACCUCGCUGUCCUCUGAGAAACUCUUCAGGCGCUCGAUAAGCCGCGAGGCCAGUGGCAGAGGAAGCAGCGGUGGCCUGGGAGGCGCCCGCGGGAGCAUUUCCGGUUCGCUCUUCGGACGCCGCACAAUGCAGUCCAUUAGCAACGAGCAGAAGGCGUCUAAGGUCCUCGGGGUGGUGUUUUUUCUCUUUGUGGUCAUGUGGUGCCCUUUUUUCAUCACUAACGUGCUGGUGGUGGUGUGUGACCCGGCGGUGUGCGACGCAGCACUCAUGGGAGGCCUGCUGAACGUUUUCGUGUGGGUGGGAUAUUUGUCCUCGGCGGUCAAUCCGCUGGUAUACACACUGUUUAAUAAAACAUACCGAGCAGCAUUCCUGCGCUACGUCCGCUGCCAGUACCAGCCGGAGAAGAAGCCUCUUCAGCUCAUACUGGUGAACACCAUCCCGCCGCUGGCCUACAGCUCCACCCAGCUGUCCCUGGGCGACAUCGAGAAGUUACGAAACGGAGUGGCUCACUCUCGUGGCGAAGUGGCGGAUUUCUCUUUACCUGGACAGGAAACGGAGAAGUUCAUGCCGGACAAAAGUCACGGCGGCAAGGACGAGAGCUGUGUGUGAAUAAAAACCUGCUUCAAGGUUGAUCCUUUGAAACUCACGAAUUAUAUAAAACAUUUCACUUCUGUGGUCACACCAUACUGACAUAAAGCGAAGGGUUUGAGGUUUAAAGUGCCAAAGACAAAGUGCCUCCCAGUCAGGAUUUAAGAAACACUGAGGUCAUGAGUUGCCCAACCUCUCAAGAAAUUAUAGUCUGAACUUUUACAUUUCCUGAUCCACUCCUCAUCACAAGGGUCUGAAUCAGCUGAAUCAAGUUAGUGAGUUCUUUGUUACAACAAAACUCUUUUUGAUAACCUAAAAAGAAUCAGUCAAUCAGUGCUUCUUUCACGGAAUAAAAUGUAUAAAAGUUUUAGAGACUCCUCCACACUGCCAGCACAUGAAAUUAUUCUCAGAAAACACAUUGUUUGUUUUUCACUUCUUUUGUAAAGAUAUUGAAUCAAUCAAUAUCUUCCAGUCUGGGAACAGACCAUGUACCAUGGGCAUAUGGCCAGUGCAAAAGGUGGCAUAUCUUACCUAUUCUCUGACAAUCUCUUUGGACAAAAGGGUAAAAAAUGUAGUCGAUUCUUCACAUAAUUUAAUUGUUUGACGGAUGCUCAGCUGCAGUGACCUCGCCCCCCUCUCAUUUCGCUGGCUCCCUGUUGCUAGUCAAGUGGCCUCUUCCUCCCAUCAUACCUUUUGGUUGGAACAACAGGGAUUAAAGUGGAUUUCUUGCGACCUUAUUAGAUGUUAGAGUCGGGGGAGGGAGAUCCAUGAUGAGCCUGGCGCACCGGGACUCCAGACUCUUGCAGAGGUCAGAUAAAGCUGCCAAAUAGGGGAAGGAAAGGCUCCUGCUUCCUCUGUAUUUUCUGUUGGAAAUAACAAGAAAAAUAUAUAUUACGUCUGAAAACAGAUGCUCACAAGAUAAUGAUGUUACAGAGAGAUGUGGAUAAAUCUAUAUUUGUAUUUUGUGCAGAUGUAUGUGAAUAAAUGUAAAUGAUUGUUGAGGUCAAUAAAUUCUGUUAUUCACAAGGAUUAUUUCCACAGAUGUGAUGCAGUAUGAAGAUUGUAAAUUGAGAUUACGUUGACAGGAAAAAUUAAGAGGAUUUAACUGCAGAUGUUUCCACUGUGAAAGUCAUACUUUUGAAUGUGUUCUUCUCAGACUAACAGUGCAGAAAAUUGGCAUUUGUUUUGCAGACGCAUCAUGUUUUUUCUUCAGUUUUUAACAGAUUGUAACAAAUGGUCCAGUAGUUGGUUGCCACGAGUAUAGAUAUUGUUUUAAAUGUGGAUCUAAUGAGGCCGAAGAGAGCAUCGUCUGCAGGAAGCACAGAAGCUGGAUUAAUGCAUGAAGGUAGUCCUGAACCAUGGAUGCAUUAACAAGGUGCGCUCAGACCUGUGGACUUGUAUUUGAUCACAGCUCUUGUUCAGACUGAACGCUACAUGAAUUUUAGAUGCUGUAUGACUGCAAACAAAGUCAAAGGAAAAACAUGAGCAGAUGCGACACACGUUCGCUCAUAAACACUGCGGAAAAAAACAUUCACUCACCACAUUUGCAUGAAUUAGAGUUUUUGCUUAUGAACAAACUAAAAUCAUAUUUAGUGUGUCCUGAUAACUUUCCAGAGUCGCAAACCACUGUGCCCAAUUGCCGUCUCAUGGUGGCAUCAGUUAAAACCAGAUUUAAUCGUCCUGUGCCACUACAAAUAUUGUGAAAUACUUAGUUAGGUUUAGGAAAAGAUCAUUGUUUGGGUAUAAAUAACUAUGGUUAUGCCGUCACUGAAGUAUACAAGCAAAAGGACAAAUAAAUCAAAGCUGAUUUCUCGUUUCACAUUUCUCGUUUUUCAACAAACAGCGGUCUCCUUGGGGUACAGAUCAUUUUUUGUUUGACCGAUCUGCUGCCUCUCCCGCCUACUCUGUGAUGUUUUUUUGCCGUCUAGUUCAUGAUUACAUGGAUUUAAUUUUGUGGGGUACGUAUGAAUUACAGAGCAUUCUUUUUUGUAGCUAUAGCUAGGAAUGCUGGAUUAAAAACAGCAAGCCAACACCAACGCAGCCCCUUGCUUGUUUAGGCAACAAAACCACGUAUUAAGGUUUAGGAAAAACAUCACGGCUGGGUUUGAAAUAAGUACAUAAACAACUUAAAACAUAAACAACACCACAUGCGAAUGUAAAAAACCUCACAAACGUAAGUUCUUUGGGACAGGAACAUUGUUCUCCUGGUUGAAAGACCUCCAUUUGGUUGACUCAUCCACCCCCCGUCACAACCAAUGUGAAUAGUCUUUCUCUCUUUUAUAUGUUUACACGUAUGUGUUGUUUACAUUGAGACUACGUGGCAUUAAAUGACACAAAAAGCAAGAAUGGCAUCGUGGACAUGCGGUGAGACCGCUGCUUUUAUAAACGCAGUCUAAAGAGAAAGUGCUUUUUGGGACACAGGGUUUAUUUGUGUUGCAGUAGGCUGCUGAUUAGUUCUAGCUCUGUUAAUACAUCCAUGGAUCAUACGACGACUACUAACAGAGGCCUUAAAAACCAAAGGCAAGACGCAGGAUGAAGGGCGGAAAUGAAUGUGGAGUAAAAGUGGAACGUAAAGGACGUAAAAAACAUUCACUCACCAAAAUUCACCACAAAUGAGUUCCCUGAUGUUUCCUGCUUGUCGUGGCUUUGAUAAGUAGGAUGUAAUGAGGAGUUCACUUGCAAAAUGUUAAUUAUCCAUCUACUGGACCCUGCUUUGAAAAUGAUGAUUUUAUUAGGGUAAUAGCUUCUUUAAAAAUAAUCAUGUUUGGAAACUUUAUUCCACAAAUCAUAUCAGCUUUACUUUUUGGAGUAUUUCAUUUGGACCAGAACUCUUCAGAUGUAAUGAGAUGGAUAGAGCUUGCUCAGGGUUUAUUAAGAGGUAUAGAGAGAUAUCAUGAUGAUUGUUGCACUAUAUGUGAUACAGACGGACUAUAAGUUAUUUGAAGAAGAAAAACAGCCAAAGCAAGCAACAGGGAGGUUUUUUGUCAUUACCACAGCUGUUAUUUACAGCAGCAGGUAAUAUGCUGUGGCCUAGAGAAGGACAACAAUGAGGCUGCUCAUUACCAACAGCACUGAAGAGAAAUAUUAGCUCAGCAGGUGGCUGCUUUCAGUGGUACAGCAACAUUCAGCAGUGAUGCAUUUUCUCCUAUACCUGCUGAGUCACAACCUGCAUUAACGUAGAAACAGAAAAUUCAGAUUCUUCAGCUUCCAUCUGUUGGAGUUUAUUCCUUGAUCUGGGGCUUAUUUUCAUAUUUUGGGGGUUUAUUCCUAUCCAUUAUGAAGUUUAAAGAGAUCUGGAGGCGUGGCGAUCAGUUUUGCCAAUUUAUUAAAACUACUUGGAGGUGAAACUGAAACCAAAAAAUGUUGGUAAUAGCUCUCCAUUUCAUAGAAAAUCUGUGCUGCACUUAAAGUCCUAAUUCUAAUUGGUGUUUACAAGACACAGGUUGUGAUGUAAUUUUAAUAUUUGCCUUUGUUUUCUUUUGCAAUAAGUUUUGGUUAAAAUCCAUUAGCAGUGAAAACAAUUAUUGAAAAUUGUAGGCUCGUUCCAGAACUCUCAAUCUCAAUUUAGUUUUUUGUUCAAGAUGUUUUGUUCAAUGUAUAAUAAACAUUUUGGACCAGAUUUGAAACUUUUCUACCUUUGGACUUUGCUGUAAAUUGAUGGUUCAUGUUCCCGCUCCUUUGGGCUGAACUGUAAUGAUGAUACUACCCGGCCUUCUUAUUGUCAUUUUCAACAAAACCACGGAAAUGAAACCCAGGACGUUACAGACAAACAAACUGAAUUUUCCUUUAUUAAUGCAAAAGGAUUCCGAAUCAGCCAUCUUUGUAUAUGUGUGAGUUCAGCCGUGGCAGAUGAAGAACCAUCUUGUUUGGCUUUGUUGUGUUGCUCAUGCUGGUCCAGUCCCAGUCUGGGUUUUUUUUUUUUUUAAAUGGAUCUGGACCCACUCAGAUGACGUAGCUCUGUGUGUAGUUCUGUUGCUGUUGCAGUGAUGUGAAGACCAUCGACACCGUUCUGCUGACGUAACUUUGGAUCCACAAACUUGACUCUGGGUUGGUUUGGAGGGUUUUGUUUUUUAACUAUAGUGUCUAUUUUGGAAUUUGAUGUUUGAUGGUUCGUCAUGUUUCUUUUGUAUGUCAACUGUAACGAACACAGAUUUUUUUUCUCAUUGUUUUCAAAUGAAAGUAAAAAGAAAAACUGGAGACGAAGCGUUUUCUGUUCGUGUAAGACUUUUAUUUAUUCAAGUGGAUAAAUAAAUGUUUGUGUAGAUAAAGAGCGAACAUGGACACAAGGCUUCAAUUCUGUGUUCAUUUUUCAUAUUUUGUACACCAGGGGUUCUAACCUGUUCAGCCCCGAGGUCUUUGAAGUCCCUGAACCCAAAUAAUUUCAGAUUCCCCUGAGACAACAGCUGGUUGUGUUUUGAUUCACAAAAUACAGUGGGUUACUGGGAGAAACCAGGCUGAGGCAGGAAUUCAGAGACCGUGUUUUCGUCUGCUGUAGAAACAUGGUUACUGUACAACCUGUGUUUACAUUCAUCCAACUCUCCCUGCCUUGUUUUUCAACCAGAACUGCCAUAUUGAUAGUGUAUUAAUAAUGCAUGAUGCCUCAGUCUUAGGGGUGGUUUUUUUUCUUCGUUUUUCUCUUUUAUUUUGUUACUUCUUGGUCAGAGACAGGUUUUCAGGAUACACUGCCAUCAUAUGUCAACACACAUCAACCCUCCAGAAAAGAAGUAAUGAUAUUGCAAUUACUCCCCUCAUCAGCGUCCUGUUUUUUCUGUUUCAUUUAGGAAAGGUUCAGCUGCUCACAAGAGAU